GAUCAAAAUCAUUCAUCCAUUAUUUACUUCCAUCUUCGAGUGAUAUUGUAACAUUUUUUUUCACAGUCGUAAUCGUCAUCAUCAUCAUCAUCAUCAUCAUGGUUCUUCUUGAACAUCUCCCCCUUCUCGGGCUCGCUUUGGGUCUUGCACACCACCACCACUAUCACGGGAGAGUAUCUCAUAGUCAACCAGCUCAGUUAAAUCACGCUACCGUCCCCCAGAUUUCUGAUGGUUCAUCUCAACUCCAUCAGGUUCCUCCCAAAUUGAUUGCCACCCGGGCGUCAGAUGAGAGCAAUGAGACUACAAUCCAAAUUACCCAAACCCAUUUACAGGGCAUCUUGGACAGAAUCAAAUCUCUUGAAGAAGAGAUCGCCGGUAUGAUGGCAUCCAGAGCUAACUCUUCUCUAGAUUCUUCUUCCACUCCCGUUCAACACUCCUCCCAGGACCCCGAUGAUAUCGAGUUUUCCAAGGCCACCAUGGCGGCAAUGAAGCCUGCGAGGCCACAACAAGAAACAAAUACUACCCCAGGAGGCAAGCCUUCCUUGACCUAGCAGGGCUGCCAUAGUUCAACCACUAAUCAACUUAUUGGUAGCUGCCAUCGGGGGUUUGUUCAAAGAGGCUUCUGUCAACUUGGAUGAUUCAGAUAUAUUAACCGAGACGUCCACAAUAA